UGUUAAAUAUUUCAUAAAUACGUAUAUAUAUUUCGUUAGUGUUGGUAUACCUGAUUUUAAAUUGAUAAUGAUAAAAAUUCAAGCUGCAGUUUGAUCGGGUAUUGACAAAAAUUAAAAAAAUUUUUUUUAUAAAUAAUGAAUCUCAGAAAUAUUAUGGUGCGAUGCAUCGAUUUAAAAUGUACAAGUAAUGGAACUUGAAUUAGAAACAUCUGCAAGCUCAUUGUGAAUACAUUUAUGACACUGAUAAAGGAAAGUUUUCUAUAAUUGAUUUUCAAAAAAGUUUGUAAUAAUGGAUCUUUAAAACGAUACGAAUAGAGCAUGCAUUUCUGGAUUAACAAACCGGCGGGCAGAUAUUACGGUUUCACUGGCCACCGAUGCCCCGCCACACCUUUACCAAAAACACGCUUUAAUCAAUGUAGAUAUAAUGCAGAUAUGAGACAAAUGUUUACACCACUUCAUCGAUUUCAAAAUCUGAAUACUAUGGGAAAUAUAGCUGGUCCUAGUAACAUGAAUAAUUGCAGAAUGCUAAGAACAACAAUAAGAACAAAUAAUGAAAAUCAAAACAAUUUUCCAGUUGGCUCUACUCAACAUUCUCAACUGAACAACAUCUCCAAUAAUGUAACAACUGCAGGAAAUAAUCAAUUGAUAUUAUCAAAUACUACAUCAAAUGGAACAAAUAGAAGUCUUUUAGAUUUUUCGGAAUUUAAUGAUGCAGAACUUGCAAGUUAUAGAUUACGAUGUGGUGUUUGGAUAACAUUUGUACUUGCAGCAGGUUUUGUUGCUGCUGCAAAAUUUUAUUUUGGAGACAAGGGUCAAGGUAUAGAAAUAUUUAUAUUUUGGGGGCUAUUAACAUUAUCAUUAUUUGCGUGUUUAUACUCUAUUUUAUAUUGCCGAAAUCAACGUAACAGUCAUGAAGAGCAUCAAAGUCAAGAAGAACAUAUUGCGUCUACAACUACAAUGCCCAAUGAAAAUAUUAGACCUAUUUCUGUAGUAAGACAGAAUCCACCACCACCUUACCAUAUUGCUAUUUUGAUUCCACCAAGUAAUUCAUCGGAUGAAGCUCCACCACCAUCUUAUGACAAAGUUAUGCGAUAAAGUAAUAUAAAGUUGUAUAAAAUUCUAUCACUAUUUUUUCAUAUAUUACAUUUUGUAAACAUAAAUUGAUGCUCAUAAAAAGUUCGUCUCUAAUUAUAUUAGUAAGUACUUUAUUAUCGAACUUUUAAUUUGCAAAUAAAAAACUAAAAAGUUAAUAUUAAUUUUUCUAGGCUAAGUAAACUUUUACAUCUGUGAUACAAGUAUUAAUAUAACAUCUUGAUAACAUUUGUAAUUCAAAUAAAAUAUAGAAUUACUUGUAACAUCCAGGGCAUUAUACAAUAUCUGAAUUAAAAAAUUAGUAUGAUGUCCAUGAUAGUUUAUGUCUAAUAUAAUAUAAUGUAUAUUUUUCUUUUUUAUAAAUAAAUGCUUAUAAUUUAUUUAAGCAAAAGACAAAUAUACAAAAUGAUUAUGGUGAAAGAAUACAUUUCUUUGCUUAUAAAAAAUUUUUUCAUAACAUAAAGAAAUCAUUAUACUAUGAUAUAAUUAUAAUUAACAUAAAAUUAAUAUACUCAUUUAUUUAUAAAAUGAAAUUAUUAUACAAUAAAAUAAAAUUUAAAUUUAAAAUUAUAGAAAAAAUAAAUAUAAAAUUAUAUUUAAUGCAGACUGUCCACUCUUUCCACAAUUUACCACAUGUAAAAUGAAUUUAUAAUCUUUUAAUAUGAAUUAAAAUAAUUAAUAAAAUAUUAAUUCUAUUGUAUAAUGAUUAAUAAAAGUAUAAGUUAAUUAUAAUAUACGUAUUUUAUAAUAUUUGAUUAUAUAUUUAUACAUAAUAUAAGGUAAGUGUAUAUAUACACGUUAGUACGCGCGCACAUACAUACAUAUUUUUCUUGUCGAUAUUAAAACUGUUUAUAUACGUAAAUGAAAGUUUACAUAGUAAUUUUGUUUUGUAUUUGAAAUAAAUUUAUAUAAUAUAUUAUUAUAUAGAAUAUUAUAUUUAAUAUUUAUAAGUAAU